UCCUCCAUUAAUUCUCAUUCAGUCGCAAACAUCGGUGAGGAGGGCUGGGUCGGCGAGCAGGAAAUGCCCUUUUCGCUUUGAAGGGGGCCGAGGAUCGCGUCCGAAAGCGCCCACAGCACUUCCGCUCAACUUCGGACACCCGUGCGAGCGUCCGGCGCCGAAAAAUCGCUCCGUUCGACAGAUGCGCAAACCGACGAUGCCUGCCGCCAAGGACUCGAACAUCGUCAAGAUCGCGGUGCAGAUGAACAACCACACGCCGCGGCUGAUCGAGUUCAACCAGAAGCAGCCCCUCAACUGCAUCAUCCAGGAAUUGUGCAACCACUGGAGCAUCGAGGACGCCGAAAAUUACGCCCUGCAGACGGACGGCCCGCACAACAAUUACAUCACGGAAAAAAACAGGGUGGACAUUCGCAACGGAUGCAUUCUUCGGCUAACCCUUUCGGCGGCCAAGACCACCUCCGAGAUCCUGCACAAGAUCAACGGCGAGUCCGAGGCGGACAAACUGUCCGCUCUGGAGAAACUGUCUCAACUCAGCACGGACAACACUUUCGCCGAGGAGUUCAUCAACAAGCAGGGUUUGAAACUGGUGACCACCCUUAUUGAAAGUGGCAAAUUCCAAAACGUCAUGCUGGCCCACCUGCUCACGUCCUUCGUCGAGCUGAUGGACCAUGGAAUUGUUUCCUGGGUGGUGUUGGAGGCGCCGUUUGUGUGCAAAGUGUCGGCGUACAUCAACGACGCCAGCAUCCAGGACAACAUGGUCAAGCAGUCGGCGUUGUCCAUCGUGGAAAACGUGAUUUUGAACAGCGACAAGUACCUGCUGGUGGAGAAGGAAAUCACAAUUACCAAUUUGGUGCGCCACCUUCAAAGUUCGGUUCCCGCGAUCAGGCAGAACGCGAUGGCGUUGAUCAACGCCCUCUUCAUGAAGGCGGACGAGCUGAAGAAAAAGUCGCUGGCGGGCACUCUGACCUCCAAGCAGGUGCGGCACGUCAUCGAAAGCCACAUUCUCCAGGGGGGCGCGGUUGACUCCGACAUGGCACACCAACUGUACGUCCAGCAGACGCUGCUGUUCAACCUUCUGGAGCCGCGAAUGCAGACCAAGAUGGACCCGCAGGAUCAGGAUGCGUUGAGCAAAAUCAAGGAGUUGCGACGGAUUGCGUUCGAUACCGACCAGGACAAUAGAGACUCGGCCGCCAAAAAGACCGCCACCUUUAACAAGGACUACAAGAAGUUGGGCUUCAAGUGUGACAUUAACCCGGUCUUGGACUUUACAGAAACACCCCCUGGACUUCUGGCGUUGGACUGCAUGUACUACUUCGCGCGCAACCAGCAGGACAACUACAUGAAAAUCGUCCUGGAAAAUUCGUGUCGGGCCGACGAGCACGAGUGUCCCUUCGGAAGGACGAGCAUUGAGCUGACGAAAUUAUUGUGCAGCGUCUUGCAAAUCGGCGAACCGCCCUCGGAGCAGGGACAGACGUACCACCCCCUGUUCUUCACGCACGACCACCCCUUUGAGGAGUUCUUCUGCAUUGGAAUCGUCUUGUUGAACAAGACGUGGAAGGAGAUGCGCGCCACGGCCGAGGAUUUCGUCAAGGUGAUGAGCGUCGUCCGCGAGCAGAUCAAACGCGCCCUGGACGCGCAGCCGUCAAACAUGGAAAAGUUCAAACUGCAGCUGCAGACGCUGACCUACUCGGACAUCACGCAGCUCUGGCAGCAGGAGCAAAUCAACCGCGAGGAGUGGGAAUCACACGCCAGACCUGUGGUCGAGCUCAAGGAGCAGAUUAUGCCCGAGAUCAUGGACCUCAUCAAGCAGCAGAGGCUUGGCUUUUUGGUUGAAGGAACACGUUUCACAAAACAGUCCAAAGGACAGAGGUCCAAGUUCAAAUUUUGGUAUGUGCGACUCUCACCGAACCACAAAGUACUGCAUUACGGUGACUGCGACGAGAAAAGCGCCCCCGCGCUUGAGGAGCUGCCCAACAAGCUGGCGGUUGUUGAUAUUAAGGAUCUGGUCACCGGCAAAGACUGCAGGCCCAACAAAGACCUCAAAAAAAAGGCUGCGUCCCAGCUGGCAUUUUCGUUAAUUUUGGAAUCUCAGUCAGUGGAGCCAACCACCCUCGAUUUUCUCGCACCUGAUGAGCUAGUCUUUGAUUAUUGGACUGACGGAAUCAAUUCUCUACUUGGUAAGCCGAUGGUGAGCAAGGAAAUGGAAAAAGAUCUGGACACUCUACUCGGAAUGGAAAUCAAAUUGCGCCUACUCGACGCUGAAGGGGUGGACAUUCCACAGGACCCGCCGCCAAUUCCACCCCCUCCGAGCAAUUACGAAUUUUGCUACGAGUACGAGGUCAAAUAAAUGUACAAUUUCCUUCAAAACCCCAAAUUUUCUAUGUGGAUGGUGCAAUAUUGAGUAAAGAUCUGAAAUCAGCAAGUAACUGUCGU